UGAAGUUUCAGUAGAGAGAACACCGCUGGAGUUUGUUGUCAUUAAUAUUUUCCCCCUUUUCAGUCAUAACUGAUGCACAGUAAAGAGCAUUGGUAAGAGGGAGUGUAGCGACUCCAUUUUGUGGACGGAAAGCACCAGAUGCAUGUGGAAAUUUAAAAUGGCAGAAGCCAGAUUUUCUCAGGAUGAGUUCAAUUGUCCAGUGUGUCUGGAUCUCCUCGAGGAUCCAGUGAGCAUCCAGUGUGGACACAGUUACUGUAAGAGCUGUAUUACAGGCUGCUGGGAUAAAGAGGAUCAGAUGAGAGUCUACAGCUGUCCUCAGUGCAGACAGACCUUCAGCCCAAGACCUAUUUUAGCUAGAAACACCAUGCUGGCUGAAGUGGUGAGGAAACUGAAGAAGAACAAACCUCCUGCUGACGCUGGAGCUGUGCAGUGUGACGUCUGUACUGGAGAAAAACACAUAGCCGUCAAGUCCUGUCUGGUGUGUCAGGAAUCUUACUGUCAAACUCAUUUUGACCGUCAUGAGGAAUUUCAUUCACGUAAGCCACACAAAGUGAUUGAAGCCACUGGACGACUGCAGGAGAUGAUCUGCCAGAAACAUGAGAAACAUCUGGAGAUGUACUGUAUUACUGACCAACAAUGCAUUUGUGAGCUAUGUACAAAAUAUGAGCAUAAAGACCAUGACACUGUAUCAGCUGCAGCACAGAGGACAGAGAAUCAGAAGCAGCUGAAGGACACUCAGAAGACGUUCCAGCAGAGAAUCCAGCAGAGAGAGAAAGAUCUCCAGCAGCUGAGAGAGACUGUGGAGUCUCAUAAGCGCUCUGCACAGACAGCAGUGGAGGACAAUGAGGUCUUUACAAAAUGUUCCAUUGAGAGAAGCUGCUUUGACCUGAUACAGCUCCUGAUUCCUGAUAUCAGAGAUCAGGUAAAGGUUGCAGUGAGUCAAGCUGAAGGACGCCUGGAGAAAAUGGAGAAGAAAAUCAAUGAUCUGAGGAGGAGAGACACUGAGCUGGAGCAGCUUUCACACACACAGGAUCACAUCCAGUUCCUGCAGAGUUUCCAGUCUCUCUCAGCUCCCCCUGAAUCUACAAAUGUACAUGACGAUCCUUUCAGAUCUGUCUUCUCUUUUAAUGACCUGAGAGAAUCUGUCCAUCAGCUGAGAGACAAACUGGAGGAUUCCUGCAAAGAGGAGCUCAAGAAGAUCUCAGACAGAGUCACAUUCCCCAACAUUGUUCCCAGGCCAAUGAAUGACUUCCUACAAUAUUCCCGUCAGUUCACUCUGGAUCUGAAUACAGUGAAUAAACACCUCCGUCUGUCUGAGAACAACAGAGUGAUUACUGGCACUGGAAAAGUCCACUCUUAUCCUGAUCAUCCAGACAGAUUUGAUUAUUGGUAUCAGGUGUUGUGUAGAGAGAGUGUGUGUGGACGCUGUUACUGGGAGCUGGAGUGGAGUGGGAAUAAUGGUGUGUAUAUAUCAGUGUCAUAUAAGAGAAUCAGCAGAAAGGGUAAGAGUAAUGAUUGUUUGUUUGGAUGUAAUGAUCAGUCCUGGACUUUGGAAUGCUCUCCUUCCAUUAACUCAUUCUCACACAAUAACAUACGGACUGAUCUCCCUGUAAAGUCCAUCAGCAGUAGAAUAGGAGUGUUUGUAGAUCACAGUGCAGGAACUCUGUCCUUCUACAGCGUCUCUGACACAAUGAGCCUCAUCCACACAGUCCAGACCACAUUCACUCAGCCGCUCUAUCCUGGGUUUGGUGUUUAUAAAGAAUCAUCAGUGAAACUGUGUUGAUGAAUCAGAUUAGAAUUGACAAGAGAUUCUACUCAUAAUGCUUUGAGCUGAAUGAUAAAUCAAUAAUUCAAUUCAAUUACAAUACAAAUCGUUACAAAGCAACUUUACAGAAAAUUAUGUUUCUACAAUAUUUAGUAGUAGCUAGUAGUUUGUGCACGUUUGACAGGAUUUUAGAAAAAAAUAAAAAAUAAUAAUAAUACAAGACGUUGUCAGCUAGACGAUGAACUAUCAAUAUUAGUAAUUAAUAGUUAUUAUAUGAUGCAGUCACACAUUUAUCGAUAAUUGUUAGUUCUGUUUGUUGAUUCAGGGUCAGCAUCAUCUGAGGUCCUCUGAGGGUCAGCAUCAUCUCUUCUCAGGUGUUCUGGAUCCAGACUGGAGCUUGUGUAAAUCCUAGUUACCACGGGAUGAAGAUCCAGAAGAAACAGAGAAACACAUAGAGACAUCAUUAGCAUAGCUGCUGAUCCAACAAAGUAAAAUUAGUUUAACCCAAGCUAAUGAAUAAAAAUGCAACUUUGAUCAGAUGCAACUACACUCACAAUUUAAAAGAUAAAUUAUUCGUAUGCUUGGCGAAAGAGAUGUGUUUUUAAUCUAGAUUUAAACAGAGAGAGUGUGUCUGAAACCCGAACAUUAUCAGGAAGGCUAUUCCAGAGUUUGGGAGCCAAAUGUGAGAAAGCUCUACCUCCUUUAGUGGACUUUGCUAUCCUAGGAAUUACCAAAAGUCCAGCGUUUUGUGACCUUAGGGAGCGUGAUGGGUUGUAGCGUGGUAGAAGGCUAGUUAGGUACGCAGGAGCUAAACCAUUUAGGGCCUUAUAGGUAAGUAAUGAGCUGCUGCAUUUUGGACUACCUGUAGCUUGUUUACUGAAGAAGCAGGACAACCACCUAGAAGUGCAUUACAAUAGUCCAGUCUAGAGGUCAUGAAUGCAUGAACUAGCUUUUCUGCAUCAGAAACAGAUAACAUGUUUCGUAGCUUGGCAAUGUUUCUAAGAUGGAAGAAUGCAGUUUUUGUAACAUUGGAAAUAUGGUUUUCAAAAGACAAAUUGCUGUCUAAUAUAACACCCAGAUUUCUGACUGUAGAGGAAGUAACAGUUCAUCCGUCUAGUGUGCAGAUUGUCCAAUAAUUAGUAUCUCUGUCUUAUCCAAAUUUAAUUGGAGAAAAUUAUUUGUUAUCCAAUCUUUUACAUUUUUAACACACUCUGUUAGCUUAGAUAAUUGGGAAGUUUCAUCUGGUCUCGUUGAGAUAUAUAACUGAGUAUCAUCAGCAUAGCAGUGGAAAUUAAUCCCGUAUUUUCUAAUAAUAUUACCAAGGGGCAACAUGUAUAUUGAAAAUAGAAGGGGACCUAGGACGGAUCCUUGUGGCACUCCAUAUUUUACUGAUGAUAAAUGAGAUGAUUCCCCGUUUAAAUAAACAAAAUGGUAGCGAUCGGACAGGUAGGAUCUAAACCAUCUUAGAGCCUGCCCUUGAAUACCUGUAUAGUUUUGUAAUCGAUCUAUGAGUAUGUCAUGAUCUAUUGUGUCGAACGCAGCACUAAGAUCAAGUAAGACUAGAAAUGAGAUGCAGCCUUGAUCAGACGCAAGGAGCAGGUCAUUUGUAAUUUUAACAAGUGCAGUUUCUGUGCUAUGGUGGGGCCUGAAACCUGACCUCAAAUUCUUCAUACAGAUCAUUUUUAUGCAGGAAGGUGCUCAAUUGAGCAGACACUACUUUUUCUAAAAUUUUAGACAUAAAUGGAAGAUUUGAAAUAGGUCUAUAAUUUGCCAGUACACUAGGAUCUAGUUUUGGUUUCUUAAUAAGAGGCUUGGUAACCGCCAGCUUGAAUAGUUUUGGGACGUGACCUAAAGAUAACGACGAGUUAAUGAUAUUGAGAAGCGGUUCUUCGGCUACAGGUAACAGCUCUUUCAGUAAUUUAGUGGGUACAGGAUCUAAUAAACAUGUUGUUGGUUUAGAUACAGUGAUAAGUUUAUUUAGCUCUUCCUGUCCUAUGGUUGUAAAGCACUGCAGUUUAUCUUUGGGUGCGAUGGAUGAAACUGAAGUGUUAGACGCUGUAGAAUCUACAUUCGCUAUUGUAUUUCUAAUGUUAUCUAUUUUAUCAGUGAAGAAAUUCAUAAAGUCAUUUCUAUUUAACAUUGGUGGAAUAUUUGAAUCAGGUGGCGUCUGGUAAUUUGUUAACUUAGCCACUGUGCUAAAUAAAAACCUUGGAUUGUUUUGGUUAUUUUCAAUGAGUUUGUGUAUGUGCUCUGCCCUAGCAGUUUUUAGAGCCUGUCUAUAGUUGGACAUACUGUUUUUCCAUGCAAUUCUAAAAACUUCUAAGUUUUUAGAAUUGCAUAAUAACAGUAAGAUGUUAUAGUAUUUUUUUUCUCUUCAUGACAUAAACACUGCAGUUGAACUUCUUUCACUGAAACAUGUCAGAAUAAAUAUCUGAUAAGUUCCCUUAUAUAGACAGUGUGAGUACUGCUGUUUCUGUGGUCUUCUCAUUUUCCAUUUGUGUUGAUUGAAAUCAGACAUUUAGUUUUUAAUGUAGACACAUCAGUUAUUUUUAUUUUUCCUAUCAAAAUUACCUAUCAAUUCAAAUGAUUACAGUCAAUAAAUGUUUUUCAUGAUUCACCUCA